AUGGAGCGAAGAGUAAGCUACAGCUCAACAUUCGGCGAACAUCACUGCUUAAGCCGAGCUGAACAGUUCCUGCGGGGGUACGAGGCAGACCGGGACGCACUACAAGUAGCUAUCCGGUUGGAAAAUUUAGAGGUGCUAUGGCAGGGACUCGAAGACACUCAAACGGCCCUCGAGGAGAUGGAAACCGAUAAUGAAUCGAUGCUGCCCACAAUAUCUCUGCCUGAGUUUGCUGGUGAUUAUCAAGACUGGCUUGGCUUCCAUGAUACGUUUUUUGCGCUAAUUCACUCCAAUCCCGAAGUAGCUGCCAUUCAAAAAUUUCACUACUUACGUGCAGCAGUGAAAGGCGAGGCGUCUCAGGUAAUCGAGUCGAUAACUAUAAGCGCCGCCAACUACCCUCUUGCCUGGGAUGCUUUGGUGGCUCGCUAUUCCAACGAGUACCUAUUAAAAAAGCGACACCUGCAAGCAUUACUAGAGAUACCACGGAUGAAGGAAGAAUCUGCGGCUGCUUUGCAUGGACUGGUGGCAACUAGGGGGCCAACGGAUUCCUGGAGCACAAUAUUGGAACACUUGUUAUGCACAAGACUGCACCAUGAAACAUUAAACAUGUGGGAGGAUCACGCCUCUACUCUGGAAGAGCCAUCCUAUUCCAAACUGGUAGAUUUUUUGCAGCGUCAAAUGCGAGUUUUGGAAUCAAUUUCGGUUAAUCACGAUAUCAUACCGCCCGUUAUCACUCCAUAUGUUUCAGGAUCAGCUUCUGGAUCUGGUGCUUCAGGGAACAAUCAACGAUACAAGCGGCCAGGCGAACUACGGCUGUGUGCACACGCUAUAACGGAAGUUCCAAAUGCCCACUCAAUUGAGCGACCAGCUGUUUCCAUGGGUCAACUCAAGAAGCUCACUCUACAUGAAAGGAUGAAUCUGGUAAAUACUAAGCGACUGUGCUUUAACUGCCUUUUCAGUGAUCACUUCGUCAGCAACUGUCCAUGUCAAACCAGCUGUCACAUAUGUCUAAAACGUCACCACACGCUGUUACACCCUGGUUAUGUGGAUAACUUGCCUAUUUAUCAGAAUCGGGGCUAUGAUAAUGCGGGCGAACAUCCGCAAUAUUCAACACAAACAAAUGUUGCAACGUCUAUCAUCAAACCUCUUACGUCACGGUCUAUCGCGCCCAUGGAGGGUCAAACGUCGUCAGUUGCGCCGCAUGCGCGAAAUAACAACGUGUUCAUGCUCACCGUAGUUUUGGUCGUCGUAGAUGCUUAUGGUCAAAAGCAUCUCGCUAGGGCGCUACUAGAUUGCGCCUCACAGCCCAACCUCAUAAGCGAUCGUAUGGCUCAAAUUCUCAGGCUCAAAAGAAGGAAGGUAAAUGUUCAGCUUCAGGGUCCAGGUAGUAUUGCCGUUCGCUCAUCUGACUCAGUGUUCACUAAGAUUUAUUCGAGAAAGGAAGAUUUUUCUCGCGACGUAGAGUUUUUGGUCCUGCCCCGUGUAACCGCUGACAUGCCUGAGAGUGAUGUUGCGACUGAUUGCUGGAAUGUCCCCAAAGAACUCUUUUUGGCGGAUCCAAAUUUCAACAAGCGAGCAGAAAUAGACAUGAUCAUCGGCCUUUCGCAUUUCUUCGCUUGCUUCAAAUCUGCCGCACGCGUCCACCUGGCAGAUGACCUUUCUGAAUUAGUUGACAGCGUGUUUGGGUGGAUUGUUGUGGGUUCAGGCGAGGUCAUUCCCAAUUCACCAGAGCAGGUACAUUGUCAUGUUUCAGCGAUUUGUCUCGUCACUCUUGAGAAGAGCCUUGAACGUUUCUGGAAGCUGGAAGAGCUACCAUCGCGCUCCGAUUACUCCGUUGAAGAACGUUACUGCGAGACUUUCUACGCAUCGACCGUCAUGAGGGACGAUACUGGUCGAUACACUGUGCGUUUGCCACGCCAUCCAGAAUUUGAUGCUAGAGUCGGGGAUUCAAAGGCAGCAGCACUUCGAAGAUUUAAACUACUGGAGGAAAGACUCGAACGAAACCCUGCAUUGAAGGACGAGUAUCAUAAAUUCAUGAGGGAGUAUGUCGCACUCGGACACAUGCGUCAAUCAUCUAAAGAAGAUCAACAAAGAUUCAAAGAGUACUACCUUCCCCACCAUCCUGUUGUAAAAGAGGAAAGCACUACAACAAAGGUUAGGUUUGAUGCAUCCGCUAAGACAUCGACCGGUUUCUCUUUGAACGAUUCGCUUUGUGUUGGGCCUGUGGUGCAGGACGACCUCCUGUUGAUAGUUUUGCGAUUUCGAAAGUACUUGGUGGCUCUCGUUGCGGACAUCGAAAAAAUAUACCGGCAGGUUUCUGUACAACCUGAGGAUGUUCCAUAUCAGCGAAUCUUGUGGCGAUUCGACAAGACAGAACCCAUCCAGAUUUAUGACUUACUGACGGUUACCUAUGGACUCGCACCGUCUUCCUUUUUAGCUACACGCACACUUCAACAGUUGGCUGACGAUGAAGGUGCGGCCUAUCCCACCGCAGAAUAA